UUUAAUAGCAAAAAAGUAACCGAGGUGGCUAACUAUAAAGAAACAUACUUAGAUAUGAAAAAGUUUAAUGAGUUAAUCUAAUAAGAUUAAUUAGCGAAUUCAAAAAAAUAAAUGAAAGAAGAUAGAUAAUCUAAGAUUAAAUUUCUUAAAAAAUUUGUUGAAUAAAAAUCCAAAUUAAAAACUCCAGCUUAAAACUUACCAUUUUAUGAUUAGAUUUAAGAAUAUGUAGAAUAUGCAGAUAUUAAAUUUAAAUAAAAUUAACCUUUAAAGUAAAAUCUGGAUAUCAAAAUUCAAAAUAUGCUUAAAUUUUGCUCAAGCAAAAAUUUAUAGAGUCCUCAUACUUUUAUGAAUAAACAAAAUUCCUUUUAAUUAACUACCAAUUAGAAUAUGAAUGACAAUCAAGUUAUUAAAUCAUCCUAAAAUAAAAUAUCCACUGAAUAAAGUUAUUUUAUCUAAAAAAAACCAUCUAAGGAUAGAUUUUUUUCUACUAAAAUAGAAUUCGAAUAUGCAAACUUAUAAGCAAACAAUCAAAAUAAAAAAAGAGUUUUAUCUGCUAUUCCUGCUCCUUUGACAAUCAGCUCAUUAUCUCUAAAUAGAAAACAAAAAUUUAAAUAAUAACAUCAAUCAAGUUAAUUUGAACAAAACCAAAAUUUAAAAAUGAAUUUAAUCUAAAUUCCUUUGAUUUAACCUGUAAAGUAGACCUUGUAAAGAAAUUCAUUUUAGAGCGAUACGCCUUAGUCUCUAGACACUGCUGCUACUUUUAGAACAAAAAAUUUGUCUAAUGGUUCUUAAUUUUCGUAUCUUCACAGCGAAUUCGCAUACUAAACAGUAAAUGAUAGCAUCAAAGAAGAAAUUAGUUUGGAAGCCAAUAAUUUUGAAAAUUAAGUAAUUUAAAAUUAGAUUAACAAUUAGCAAUCAAAAAUUAGGAGAAAAACUGUUUAAUCUAUAAUCUGA